GGUGCGUGGUUAAUGGUGGCCUUGGCAAGUUGAUCGCAUACUUGGUAGAGUUUUUAUCAGUUUGACAUGUGUUUAGAGCAGAUAGUUACAGGCCAGCAAGAAGUGGAGGUCAAGAUAACAACAAGAAUUUUUCUGACGGAAUGUUAUUAGUUAUAAUAGAGAAGAGACUUCAUACCUAAAUGAGUAUGUGGUUGGUUCGCUUUUAUUGAUUUGAAUAAUGGGAAAUCAAUUAAACAGAUUUGAAAGAAAACGGUGAUAUGGAAUUAAUGACAGUUUAUUGAUUUAAGUUUGGACUGUUAAAUGCAAUAAGCAUGUUAAGUAACCAGAGGAUUUCCAAAUUUGUUUGAUAUAAUCAGUACCUUACAUCACAGACAGUAGAAGAGUUGAAAAAAGGAGUUUAGUAGUGGUGAAAUAUUGUAAUUGAGUAACUGGUUAUGAAUAUAUUGAAAGUUUUGAGGAGUAUUUUUAUUUUCUAAGACAAAUAAAAAGACAUUAAAAUGUACACUGACAGCAAUAUAAUAAUGAUGAGGAACGUGCAUCCAACAUCAGCUCUGCCGGUUACCAGAAACAUGCCGUAUUACUCUGCAAGUGUACCAAGUAGGAACCAGCCUCGAAACAUGACAGGAAUUUACCUUGGACUGGAAGGUAAUGUAAACCCUCCAGCCAACAGAGAAGCAAAAAUGGCACGGCCAAGGGCGGGUGUAUCACAGAAAGUACGGACACCAGCAGAGGAUAGGAGAUAUAAAAUGGUUGAAUUGCUAAGAGUCAAAGAAGAAACGAGAGGAUUUAGAGGAAAAGCCUUAAAGAAACAGCACCAGCCAGCAUCCAGUGAUGUAUAUGGUGAGGAAAAUCCAACACCCAGGUGUUCACAUCCAAAACAGUUAAAACACAGAAAAUGGGGACCAGCAAAAUCUGCUGACCCUAAACAUUUUGACGAACUUAUAAGGAGAAACCCAAGAAAUUACACGGGCAUCAUAAAUAAUGGAGUGACAAGAUCAGAAAAUCUGACUGGACUGAUGAGUUUUGCUGAACAUUAUGGGUGGGAUAUAUCUAACAUGCCAUUGUCUGAUGCACUAGUUGAAGAGGUUCAGAGAAUGGCCAAGGAACGGGAUGAUCUUGGUGGCAUUGAGGAAUGCUUCAAAAAAGUUUGUAAAGGUAAUGUUGAGUCUUUACAUAGUUUAUUGCCAUUGAGGAAGCCAAGUUCAAGACCCAGCAGUUAUACACCAGGCACGUACACACCAGGAAAUUACAGUACUGGAUUUACAGUCAGGAGCUACCGGAACCCAAACAAGGCUGAGAUCUUAGCAGAUUUUGAGUUGCAGCCAGAACACACUCGACCUAAGACGGUUCCUGCCUCUGGAAUGCAUAAUCAAAGGCAACCACUGGUACCAGCUCCUUAUUUCUUCAAGCAUUUUAACAGAAGUGGCACAGCCAAUAGUACCAAGAAAAGAAAUUCUCCUAGUUCACAGUUUGAAGCUGAGCAAAACAAUUUGUUAAAUGGAGACAAAAUAUUUGGAAGUACUGGUAGUGGGGCUGUUUCUCGCUCAUUAAAUCAAGGACGGAAGUCAGCUUGGAGCGAGGGCGAGGGAGUGAGAUUACGGAGGGGUACCCCAAGAAAUGAUUCUCCAAUCAAAGAUAUUGACCGACUUUCACGCAAUGACAAUUCAUUAACAAGCACAGGGCCAUUAGAAAUACGUGCUGAGGGUUUCCAGUUGAGUUCGGAAGAUAAAGUACCACUAAGCGAUCGCACGGGAACAGCUGAGGCAGCCAACACAAGUCGCUCAGAGAAAAACGUUGCAAAACAUUCAGACAGAAAACCAGUCGAAAAAACAGAGAAUAACACUAGUCUUGAGGUGGUAGGUCAGGGGAACAUCAGUAUGGAGGGUAGAUCAGAACAAGGGGACAAGACUAUACGGCUUGAUCUUGAAACUGAAGAUGGCAAAAAACAAGAAAUUUUUUUAGAUGACAAAGAACUGAUACCUUCCCGAGAGAAAGAGAGAAGAGCGUCCGAGGCACGUGUUGCCUCUAUGCAGGAAGACGCUAAGCAGAGGAAAAAAGAUUUAGAGCAGAUUUUAGAUGAACAUGAAGAAUUAGUGAAGACAAUUGUACGUCAGUCUAGCCACGACUCCAGCCACGAAACAUUCCAGUCGGAUCAAAGAGAUCAAUGAUUGGUCGACGACUAACUCAUCUGGCAACCUUUCAGCAAAAUCAUCGUCAGUGUCUUGACCUGGAUCAUGCAGCAUUUUCGUUUAAAGCUGUAAAAAUCAUGUUUUAUUUAAUUAAUAUGAGUCGUGCCAUGGGAAAACCAACAUAGUGGGUUUGCGACCAGCAUGGAUCCAGACCAGCCUGCGCAUCCGCGCAGUCUGGUCAGGAUCCAUGCUGUUCGCUUUUAAAGCCUAUUGGAAUUGGAGAAACUGUUAGCGAACCCACUAUGUUGGUUUUCUCAUGGCACGGCUCAUAUUGACUUUCAUACACUUUCGAAGAAGUUUGUAAGAAGGUUUGAUUAACAAUUAUGUCAAGUUGUCAUUUAUAUACAAAAUGUCAUAGAUACCGGUACAUAGAAAUAUAAAUGUGAUAGUGCAUGAAAUGGAAACUUAUUCAAAUAUUUAUAUGUAACAGCUAUAACAGACUUUAGAAUAAGUGUGCUUCUACUUGUACAUUCCUGUUUCAUUUCAUUAGUUAAUGUAUUUUAUAUAUACUGUUCUUGUAAAAUGCAUUCAUGAAUAAUGUAUGGCUAAAUUUAAGUUAAGAUCUGCAUGGUACAUUUCUUUUGCAAAGAUAAUAGGUUCUGGUAUAUUAGGGGUAUAUGCAAUAUUUCAAAACAUUUCUCUUCAGAUAGAGCUUGGUGAAACCCUGAAACAUUAACUGUGAAAAUCCAUCAGUCUAAGGUUUGAUAUUGUAAUAAGUGUUUUUGUUAUUUACUUGAUUAAUAUACUUUUUAACAUCUGCGUUACUUCUAAAAGGUCAUAGAUGUUUCCAUGGUAAUUAAGACCUAUUUAUGUAUGACUGCUGGAAACUGAGUUCAGGUAGCUCGACAGAUUUCACUGAGCCCCAUGAGAUCAAGCAAAUGAAGUUAGACCAUUUAUAUUAAUAUGGCUCUUGAAGUAGAGAGGUUUUGCACAUAGUCGGGCAGCCAGUGCACAUACCAUUUUGUAGACUAUUUGAAUUCUGAUCAAUACCUGGAGAAAGCUUGGUUCUCACAGCGACCAAACUUGAUAGGAUGAUUGCCUGUAGUGAGUAGAUGAACUCCACUGGGUUGUAGGUCAGUAGGUAAAUUGUCAAUGUCGCAGUGACCUUGAGACUGAAAACGUUCUUCCUCUAAUAACUAAAAAAACACUGGUCUUCAGUCAUCAGAGAUCUCAAGAUGAUUGCCUGUGAUCGAUAGAUGACCUUUAUCAUUUUGAGGGUCAGUAGGUCAAAGGUCAAGAUCAGAGUGAUCUUGAGACUGAAAACAGUUUCUGCAACGCUUUGUCAAUCUUGGUAGAUGGUUGCAGGUAGUUGAUAGAUGACUGUUGUUUUUGAGGUCAUUUGGCCAAAGGUCAAGGUCAGAGCAAACAAAAUUAUACAUCCAUUUGCCUCUGGCAGGCCAUCAUGUAAACAGGUCUAGUUUAACAUUUGAAUUUGAAUUCAGACUAUAGUUUGUCUUUAUGUGUAUAAUUAUCCAAUUUGUUAAUGAUUUAUCUACCAUCUAAGAUAAUGCCCACAUAAGAAAGAAUGGGGAUGUUGUCAUACCCUAAGCUGCUCCAUUUCUUUGGAGAUAACUGUAUCUUCACAUUUACUGUAAGAUUUCCAUAAUUUUCCUGUGUCAGGAAGCACUGUCUGAUUAUAUACCCUUUGUGUGAGUCGCAUACAAAGCGAUUCUUCUAUGAUCUAAAUAGUCAUAUAUUUUGUGUUCUAAGAAUAUAUGCUAGAGACAACAUGGUUUGAGGUGGGAGGUAGGUGAGGGAGUAUAUAUUGAGCGUAGUACAGUGUGUGCACUUGAAAGCCACUUGUCAAAAUCAAAAAGAAUCUGUAAAUGCAUGGCACCUGAAUUUUGUUCGAAAUAUCUGUUUUUGCAUUUUUAUUCACAUUUAAUAGAUUAAAUAUUUAUCAUUGGCUUAGCAAAGGGUUUUACUUAAGUAAUAUUAGUAUGUGAAGACAAUGAAAUAGUCUCUUGCAGAAGUAGAACCAUCCUACCCCCUUCAUUGUACAGUGAGCAUGUAAUAAUUGUGAAUCUUCCGUUUGGAAAAUAACCUGUAUGCAUGGUUGUUCUGGAGUAUCAAAUUUCAGACGGUUAGGUUAUUGAAUAGCUUGCUGGUCAGUAGUGAAAACUAUUGCCCAAUAUCAGAAGGACCUAAGACUAAGAGUUCUGAUUAUUGACUGGCAAGUCAUACAAUAUGUAUUUUAUUACAUGACAUCAAAACUUAAUUUUCGCUGUUUUAAUUAAAAAAAAUUUGAGUUGUAAGCCCAGUAAACAUGUGUUGAAUAGAGACUGGUCACUAUUACUAACUAUGGCCAGGCUGAUAGUAUAUAAGGAGUCCUGUAAAAAAUGUAUAUUUUGGCCUGUUGUGGAAGAUUUCUUGAUAUUUGAAUAAUUACGCUGUUGUAAUCAAGUCGACUAUGAUUCUUCCUUUUGUACAAAUUAAAAUGCUUUACUUCUUGUUUCGACAUGUCAUUAUAAGUUACAUUAGAACAGCAACAUGCAUUUCUGUAAAAUGUUUUACAUGCUUUUUCAUUGAGAAAAGUGGUCUUAUUUUAUAUAAGGAAACAGCCAUUUAAAAUUUACACUGAUUUUACAAUUUUGGAGAUAUAGAAUAUAUUGCAUUUAUCAUCUGUAUAAAGCAUUUAUGUGUGUCUGUGAUAUGUAUGAAACUUUUUAAUUGCAUUCAUUGAAGCUUUCUUGAACUACUUUUCAUUUAAAAUUUUGUAUUAUAGAAUAAUAGGUUUGAUUGAAUGACAUGUUAACUGUUACUGAAAAAUAUACCAUGCUGUGAAAACAUUUUCAUGGUUUCACUGAAAAUUGAUUAUUCCUGGGAUAUGAAUUUGUGGGUUCUUUUACCAAGAUUAAUGAAUGGGACUUUAACUUGUUGAUUAGGAUUUAAUUUGGUGGAUAAAUGCAACCAUGGAAUCCACGAGAUAUGAAUUAUAUUCUAAAAGUUUCAAUGUAGGAUCAUGGGGAAUUUUGAGUAUUUUAUAAUACUUAAUUAGAUGAGUUUAUUGUCUUUUAUAUCAAAAUAUGCAAUUUCUGCAUAUGUUUUGCUGCAACAGAUUUAUUUCAGAUAUGUUUUGACUAACACUGAAGUUAAAAUGAAAGUUUGAUGCACAGACUUCCACACCUGAAAAAAAGUUACAUGUAUGUGGUAUUGGUUUGCAUUUAGUGGGAGAAACGCUCCUCACAUUAAAGGGCAUAUCAAACCUGUCAACAAGGUAGUAUUUAUAAACAUAAAGGGUGUUAAUUGUAUUGUAUAGUCAGGUAUCAGAAGAAUCAGUAUUUAUGUGCUUUGUGGAUGAAUGUAGAUAUACUAGACUUAUUUUAUCAUUGUUUUCUCAUCUGACAGGACUGGUGACUUCCCUGUUGUGCCUUAGCAUUUUACAUUUUUCAGAAAAAGUGUUGUUUAUAAAUAGUUAUGUUAAUAUGUAAUUGAAGUAUGUUGGUUUUUGAACAACACAGAGUAAGGAAUGUAAAUAUUCAUUUGUUUGUGUUCUUGUUUUGUUUGUUUUGACUGUAGUGAAAGAAUGUCUGUUAAAGAUGUCUGUAUAGAACCUUUUUCAUUGUAACUUGACAUUAUUUCAUCAAGAAAUGAAGAUUUGUGAAUUUUGUGAAUGAAAAACAAAAGGGUAUUAUGUCUGUUGAAGUUAAGAAAUAUACACACAUUCUAUAAAUACCAUGAUUAUACUUAAUGCUUUUCUGUUUUAUGCCAAGAAUCUGAUGAUAAUUGUUUUUCUUGCAAGCCUUUCAUAUCUGCCUGUCUGUAUCGAGACUAACGUAACUUUAACGUCAUAACAAUCAGUGUAUACAAAGACCAACGUCAUAGUAGAUUAUUGGGUAAGUUUUUUUUCCAAGAGUUCCCGAAGGAGAUAUCAGGAAUUGAUAAUGAAGCUGUUAGAUUAUAUGAUAAAAACUGAAUUUAUAUAGUUAUCUUGUGCAGAUACGUAUGUAUCAAUGUAGUUCAUUACAACAAUGACAUAAAUAUCUAUCAAUUUACGUCCUUGAUUACAAUAAUUGAUGCAUUAUAGAGUUCUUUAGCUGCUGUAUUUCCCUCCGUAUGAAAUGUAACCCUCAGUAUGUUCAUAGAUCUCUUUCUAAUACAUGUUUAAUGAUUGUUGAAGGCAUCGGAAUUUGUAUUUGAUAAGUAUAAAUGUACACAUUUUCUGACUUCAUUUUGUGUUCAUAUUGCACUGUCCAGUAGAAGUCUUUUGUUUUGCUUAAUAUUUAAAACAAACACACAUUUUGUACAGUUGUUAAGUUUACUCAUGAUUUUAGAGAUUACUGCCAUAAAACUUGUAAACAAAAUUAUUAAACAAAUUAUAAAAGAUAAAAUAUGCACAAUUUUAAUGGUAAUAUUCAGUGAUAAGUUAAUUGCAACAUUAACAAUUUAUAAUCUCUAAAUGGCUGCUGCAGCAUUUGAAAGCUUUUGUUGGAAAAAGCAUUUUGAUGACUUUUAAACAAAUCUACAUCAUAAGUAAGGUACAAAUCAAUAUCUAAUUCAACAACUCUACUAGCAAGCAUAUUUAUAGAGUUAAUAGACUGAUAUUACUGAAUUUAGUGGACCCACUAUGAUAGACCUGUCUUAUCAUUCAGUUGAAAACAAAAUUAAUCUAAUAAGUAAACCCAGUUACAAGUCUGGUUUGCAUAAAAUUUGUACCAAUUAGGCCAGUAGGUUUUUUUUCUAAUGGCAAAUGCAUUUUGUUACCAGAAGAAUUGUAUUGUUAAGAGUUGAACAUUGAAGUCACUGAGAAGAAGAAAUGUGUAUGUUGAUCAUCACCAUAAACUAAUAACUAAAUCUAUUUAAUAUUUUCAAAUAAAACAUGUGUUACAACA